AUGGAGGCAGAGCAGCGGCCGAGGACGGGGGCCGACGAACUGGCGACCCCUGAGCUGGAGACGGCGCCUUCUGCUGCCCCCGCGCCGGCGGCCGCGGCCUCGGGACCGCUCCCCGGGCCCGCCUCGGGGCCCGAGCCCAAGCGGAGGCGGCUCGGGACGCUGCUCCAGCCCACGGUCAACAAGUUCUCCCUUCGCGUGUUUGGCAGCCACAAAGCAGUGGAAAUCGAGCAGGAGAGGGUCAAGUCAGCGGGGGCUUGGAUCAUCCACCCCUACAGCGACUUCCGGUUUUACUGGGACCUGACCAUGCUCCUGCUGAUGGUGGGGAACCUCAUUGUGCUGCCUGUGGGCAUCACCUUCUUCAAGGAGGAGAACUCCCCGCCUUGGAUCGUCUUCAACGUCCUCUCCGACACCUUCUUCCUGCUCGACCUGGUGCUCAACUUCCGCACGGGCAUCGUGGUUGAGGAGGGCGCUGAAAUCCUGCUGGCCCCGCAGGCCAUCCGGUCGCGCUACCUGCGCACCUGGUUCCUGGUCGACCUCAUCUCGUCCAUCCCGGUGGACUACAUCUUCCUGGUGGUGGAGCUGGAGCCCCGACUGGACGCCGAGGUUUACAAGACGGCGCGCGCCCUGCGCAUCGUACGCUUCACCAAGAUCCUCAGCCUGCUGCGGCUGCUCCGCCUCUCCCGACUCAUCCGCUACAUCCACCAGUGGGAGGAGAUCUUUCACAUGACCUAUGACCUGGCCAGUGCCGUGGUGCGAAUCGGCAACCUCAUUGGAAUGAUGCUGCUGCUGUGCCACUGGGACGGCUGUCUGCAGUUCCUGGUCCCCAUGCUGCAGGACUUCCCUCCCGACUGCUGGGUCGCCAUCAACCACAUGGUGAACCACUCGUGGGGGCGUCAGUAUUCCCACGCCCUGUUCAAGGCCAUGAGCCACAUGCUGUGCAUCGGGUACGGGCAGCAGGCGCCCGUGGGCGCGCCCGACGUCUGGCUGACCAUGCUCAGCAUGACCGUGGGCGCCACCUGCUACGCCAUGUUCAUCGGCCACGCCACAGCGCUCAUCCAGUCCCUGGACUCUUCCCGGCGUCAGUACCAGGAGAAGUACAAGCAGGUGGAGCAGUACAUGUCCUUCCACAAGCUGCCGGCCGACACCCGGCAGCGCAUCCAUGACUACUACGAGCACCGCUACCAGGGAAAGAUGUUCGACGAGGAGAGCAUCCUGGGGGAGCUGAGCGAGCCGCUGCGGGAGGAGAUCAUCAACUUCACGUGCCGGGGCCUGGUGGCCCACAUGCCGCUGUUUGCCCACGCUGACCCCAGCUUCGUCACGGCCGUGCUCACCAAGCUGCGCUUUGAGGUCUUCCAGCCGGGGGACCUCGUGGUGCGUGAGGGCUCCGUGGGCAGGAAGAUGUACUUCAUCCAGCAUGGGCUGCUCAGUGUGCUGGCGCGCGGCGCUCGGGACACCCGCCUCACUGACGGAUCCUACUUUGGGGAGAUCUGUCUGCUGACGCGCGGCCGACGCACAGCCAGCGUCCGGGCGGACACCUACUGCCGCCUCUACUCGCUCAGCGUGGACCAUUUCAACGCGGUGCUGGAGGAGUUCCCCAUGAUGCGGCGGGCCUUCGAGACCGUGGCCGUGGAUCGGCUGCGCCGUAUCGGCAAGAAGAACUCCGUGCUGCAGCGGAAGCGUUCUGAGCCCAGUCCAGGGAGCAGCGGGGGUACCAUGGAGCAGCACUUGGUGCAACACGACAGGGACAUGGCCCGGGGCGUUCGGGGCCUAGCCCCGGGCACAGGAGCCCGGCUCAGCGGGAAGCCGGUGCUGUGGGAGCCACUGGUGCACGCGCCCCUGCAGGCAGCCGCAGUGACCUCCAGUGUGGCCAUCGCCCUGACCCACCAGCGGGGCCCUCUGCCCCUCUCCCCGGACUCUCCAGCCGCCCUCCUUGCUCGUUCUCGACGCUCUGCAGGCUCCCCAGCCUCCCCACUAGUGCCUGUCCGAGCCGGCCCUCUGCUGGCCCGGGGUCCGUGGGCUUCUACCUCCCGCCUGCCCGUCCCGCCUGCCCGAACCCUCCAUGCCAGCCUGUCCCGGGCCGGACGCUCCCAGGUGUCCUUGCUGGGUCCCCCCCCAGGGGGAGGUGGACGGCGACUAGGACUUCGGGGCCGCCCACUCUCAGCCUCCCAACCCUCUCUGCCUCAACGGGCAGCCGGGGACGGCUCUCCUGGGCGCAAAGGCUCAGGAAGUGAACGCCUGUCCUCCUCAGGGCUCCUGGCCAAGCUUCCAGGGACAGCCCAGCCCCCCAGGCCAUCAGUGCCUGAGCCAGCUGCCCCUCGGGGCCCCCAGCUCUCUGCCAACAUGUGAAAGCCCUGAAUGAGCUCUUGGGGGCAGCGGUGUGUACCCAAGGGCAGAGGCCUCUUGGGAAAGGCCAAGGAGACCUAAAACGUGGCCCUGUGGAAAUAUCUCCCUUUGCUACCAAGAAGAUGGUCUCUGUCCUCAGCUCAGGCCCCCUGCAGCCUGUCUGAGGUCCUCCUAACCCAUUCGCCCACUCAUCAAGUGUACUGAGCGCCUACCACGCUCAAGAACUGGUCUUCACUGCCAAGUACAAUGACUCCAAGGCCUCUGAGGAGGGUGUUCCCCGGGCAUGGUCCUGCCAGGUGCAGGCUCAGGCCCAGGUCCCCAACUCACCAAGCACAGCCCCUUGCCACCACCGUCACUGCCGAGCAACUACAAGUCUCUGUUUCCCACCAGUGACCCUGCAGGUGCUGUCGGCUGCGUCUGUGCUCUGUGUCCCCAUCACAGCUGGGCACCGUCAGCCCCCCGUGCCUCUGCUGCUGUUGACAGACAUCUUGGCUCCCCAGUCUGGGCCUCUGCCUUCACUGCCAUGUGCGGGCCCUCCCCCUCCUUACCCCCCACAACGGAGAAC